AUGGAGGUUCUUGCUACAGAAUGUGAUAUUAUUGGAAAUCCAGCACUACCUCCUGAUUCUGGAGAUUCUUAUUCCAUGGAGCACCUCAAAAAUGGUUCAAUGGCAGGGAGUGCUUUGAACAAAGUGGCAAGGCCCUCUGACAAUGCUCAAGUAAUCCAGAGAUCGAUGGCAGGAAACUCUUUGAACAUGGUCCCUAGGCCAAGUGACAAUGCACAGGAUGUACUCCAUGUACUGGGAAGUAAGAUGCAGGCCAUGUACAGAGAAGAUGCGUAA